UCUUUUAAUAUGUAGCCAUGCCAAAGGUCAAGCGAUUCCGAAAUAUACAAAAAUCAUCACCUCAAACUGAAUCUUUAGGUACUUUACCAUCAACAAAUGCUGCAGUGACUACUCCAUUGAUUGAAGAACAAUCACCAUCAACAAAUCCUACAAUGUCUGAAUCAAUUGAAGUACAACCAACAAAUGAGACCUCAUCACAUGAUUCGUGGAACUCAACACAAUCGAUGUCCACAGAAAACACAGAGCAACCUACAACAUCCAAAAAACAUGUUGGGCGUGAAUCUUCAUCGUAUUGGAAUGUCGAUGCAAUAGACCUACAAGGAGUUAUGAAGAAAAUAAAGGUGAAGGUCAGAGAAGUAAGUAACUUACCUCAUGGACAACGCAUCAUUGUAGACUUUGAUGAGGUAGGCAUGGCUAUAGGCGAAGGGCAAGGAGUACUUGCGGGUUAUUGUGGGAUAUUGGCAACGGACGAUAAUUUAUUUCCAAUCAAUUUUGAAAGGUGGUCUGGAAAAACAGGCAUCCCUAACACCUACUUUUUAGAAUGCUUUAAGGAAAUAUUACAGCUUCGAUUUUGUUUUAAGACUACUGAAGCUAUUGCCCAAAGAUAUUGCAAAUUAACUUUGGGUAAGAAGCGGGCUGCACAUAGACAACGUUUAUGGAAUGAGUUCUAUGAUCCAACAAAAACAAAAGAUCAAAUCAUAUGUAAUGUGCCGACCGGUAUAGACAGAACUCAAUGGGCUCAUUUCGUUACCUAUCGUCUAAAACUGGAGACAAUGGAUAUUUGUAAAAAAAAUAGAGAAAAUCGCAAGAAGCAAGUAAUUCCUCAUACUGGUGGCUCUAAACCUAUCUCAAGAAGAAGACAUGAGAUGCUUUUGGAUAGUGGAAAACUGCCUAGUCGUGGAAUGUUAUAUAUUGAAACUCAUAAAAAAAAAGAUGGCUCAUUUGUAAAUGAGGCGGCAAAGGCUAUAGCGGAACAAAUUGAAGUGGGUUUGAGUCAAAGCACUACUGAUGAAUCACAGGUUUCCCCUCGUGAUGUUGUUGGUAGAGUGUUAGGCCCAGAGCAUUCUGGGAGAGUGCGAUGCAUGGGUUUGGGAGCAGCUCCUACUAACUCAUUCAGAAAUACAAGAAUGCGACUUUCAGAUUUAAGCAUGGGUUCAUCUAGUACUGCCACAUCAUCAGCAUCUACUAAUCAAUGGGAACAAAAGUACAUGAAUUUAGAAGGUGCGCUGAAAGCAUAUAUGAUAAUGAAGGAAGGAAAGAUUCCUGAUGAAUUGGCUACCUUCUUUGAUCCUCAACCACAACAAGCUCCUGAUGCAAAUGAGCCAGAGUCUUCUUUGGGUGCAAGACAAUCAUCUGAUGGAAGUAACAUUUAG